CCUUUGUCCUUUUGUAGACACGCCCACUUCUGAGCUGCAAUGAGAGUGACGUCCUGGUCGGACACCGGAGGAGCGGCCUGUAGAGAUUGAAAAGGCUUCCUGCUGAAUUUCACCACACAACUUCAGCACUGAGCAGCGUGAACAUGGCAAGGGCUAAACAGAUCCGAGUGCUCAUCCUCAAUGACAUGGAGAAACUGGACAGGACCCUGUUCCGCUUGGAACAAGGUUUUAAGUUACAGUUUCAGCUUGGGCCGACUCUUCAGGGGAAAGAGGUCCACGUUUAUGUCAACUACCCAGCUGAGGGAGAACGCUUCGACCGUCACAAAUUUCGCACCCUAGACUGGGUGAAUCCCACUGGCAGAGAGGACGAUUCGGACAAGUUCUGCUCCCUGGAGGUGCACAGUGCCGGAUCUUACCAGUAUUACUUUGGCUAUGGGAAUGAGAAGAAGGUUGGAGGUGGAUACGUGGUGGUGGAUCCUAUGCUCCGCGUGGGUGCUGAUAAUCACGUUUUACCUUUAGACUGCAUCAGCAUCCAGACGUAUCUGGCUAAAUGUCUCGGUUUUCUGGAUGAAUGGCUCGACCGGCUCAGGGUGGCCAAGGAGUCAGGUUAUAACAUGAUCCACUUCACACCGCUGCAGACGCUGGGUGAGUCACGUUCCUGCUACUCUCUGGCUGAUCAGCUGGCACUGAACCCCGACUUCUCCCCUCCGGGGAAGAAGUACGACUGGAGCGACAUAGGCAUCCUGGUGGAGAAGAUGAAGAAUGAGUGGAACAUGCUGUGCAUUACUGAUGUUGUUUACAACCAUACAGCUUCGAACAGCGUGUGGAUCCAGAAACACCCCGAGUGCGGUUAUAACCUGGUGAACUCGCCCCACCUGAGGCCCGCAUGGGUGCUGGAUAGAGCUCUGUGGCACGUCACCUGCGAUAUUGCUGACGGGAAAUACACUGAGCGUGGAAUCCCAGCCCUCCUGUGCAACGAGCAGCAUCUAAAUGCUAUCCGUGGAAUCUUCUGGCAAGAUGUGUAUCCUAAGAUUAAGCUGUGGGAGUUCUUCCAGGUCAAAGUUGAGCCAAUAGUAGAGCAGUUCAGGACUUUACUCCAAACUGGGGCCAAACCUGACUGGAGCAAUAUGGACAGCAAGAAGCCGUUCAGGAUCAUCCAGGACCCCCAGUAUAGGCGUUUUGGGAGCUCAGUGGACUUAAAUUUAGCUCUCGAGCUCUUUGUGCCCAAUGGGAACAGUCCAGGAGCUAUAGAGGACUGCUGUAACUGGUUCAGGAAGAGGCUGGAGGAACUGAACGGAGAACAGUUUCGAGAAAUCAACUAUCAUCAGGAGCAGGCUGCUAACUGUUCCAUCGGUACAAUCCUUUAUGAGCGCCUGGCAGACCAUGGCCCCAAACUCGGCCCCAUCACCCGAAAACAUCCCCUGGUUACACGGUAUUUCACCUUCCCAUUUAAGGAGUUGCCUCUGGAGCAGGAUCUUCCGUUAAUGGACAAGCCAGACAAAGCAUGUCACUUUCUAGCUCACAAUGGCUGGGUGAUGGGUGACGAUCCACUGAGGAACUUUGCAGAACCAGGCUCUAAUGUGUACAUCAGGCGAGAGCUAAUCUGCUGGGGAGACAGUGUGAAGCUUCGGUACGGCAGUAAACCCGAGGACUGUCCAUAUCUGUGGGCACACAUGCAGAAAUAUACAGAGAUCACAGCUAAGUAUUUCACCGGAGUUCGUCUGGACAACUGCCAUUCAACACCGCUGCACGUAGCCGAGUUCAUGUUGGCUGCAGCACGCUCCAUCAGACCCGACCUGUACGUGGUGGCUGAGCUCUUCACAGGCAGCGAGGAGCUUGACAAUGUGUUUGUCACUAGACUAGGCAUCACUUCCCUUAUCAGAGAGGCAAUGAGCGCCGGAGACAGUCACGAGGAGGGUAGGUUGGUGUACCGUUACGGUGGUGAGCCUGUUGGAGCCUUCCUGCAGCCGAGCCUUCGUCCUCUGGUGCCCAGCAUCGCCCAUGCCAUGUUCCUGGACAUCACACAUGACAACGAAUGCCCCAUUCAGAUCCGUUCCGCGUUCGACUCCUUGCCUAGCUCUGCUAUCGUCUCUAUGGCCUGCUGUGCCACCGGUAGCACUCGAGGCUAUGAUGAGCUCGUACCUCAUCAGAUCUCCGUGGUAUCCGAGGAGCGCUUUUACCAAAAGUGGAACCCCCAGGCUACGAAGUCCAGCCCUGGACAAGUCAGGCCACAGACGGGCAUCAUCGCUGGUAAGCUGGCUCUGAACCGCCUGCACCAAGAGCUCGCAGCCAACGGCUUCAACCAGGUGUUUGUGGAUCAGGUGGAUGAAGACAUCGUUGCCGUUACUCGUCACUCUCCCAGUUCGCACCAGUCUGUCGUGGCCGUGUGUCGCACCGCCUUCCGCAACCCCAAACAGCAUAAAUACGCAACUGAGGUUCCACCUAUGUUUAUUCCAGGUAAGAUAGAGGAGGUGGUGUUGGAGGCUCGGAUGGUAGAGACUCAGGCCGGUGCCUACAAAAAAGAUGAGAAGAGCAUUAAUGGCCUGCCUGAGUUCACAGUGGAGAUUAAAGAGCACAUUCAGCUGAAGGACAGCGGUGUGGUAAAGCAGACUGAAGUGACAUCACGAGGUCGCAGCGAGUUUGUGCAGGAGAUCGAGUUCAAUCGUCUCACCCCUGGAAGCGUCAUCGCUUUCAGGGUGAGUUUGGAUCCAAAGUCACAGGAUCUUGUGGGUUUUUUGAGGAGUCACCUCAUUCAGUUCAACCCUGAGUACAAAGCAGGGAGUGUGCUGGACGAGAAUGCUCCCACCAUACUCAAGACCCCACUGAGCCAGAUCAUGGACAAGCUGACCCUGGCUGAUCUGAAUUCGCUUUUGUUCCGGUGCGAUGAGGAGGAGAAGGAGGACGGUGGUGGCUGUUAUAACAUCCCUGGGUGGACAACCCUCAAGUAUGGUGGCCUGCAAGGCCUGAUUUCAGUCAUGGCCGACAUCAGACCUAAGAACGACCUGGGCCACCCGUUCUGUGAUAACCUGAGACAGGGAGACUGGAUGAUCGACUAUGUUAGUAACCGACUGGUGGCUCGCAAAGAUGUGCUCGGAGAGGUGGGUAGGUGGUUUGAGGCCAUGUUUGGCUACCUGAAACACAUCCCUCGCUACCUCAUCCCCUGCUACUUCGAUGCCAUCCUGGUUGGCGCAUACAGCAAAGCCCUAGAUGCUACCUUCAAACAGAUGUCACCGUUUGUGCAGGAUGGUUCAACCUUUGUCCGUUUGCUGGCUCUGGGUUCACUGCAAAUGUGUGGUGUGGGUCGUUUUCCUGCCCUACCACCCCUCUCUCCUGCACUGCACGACGUCCCACGACGCAUCAGUGAGAUCACCAAGCAGGAGGAACAGUACUGCGUCUCCAUGGCAGCAGGCUUGCCUCAUUUCUCCGCCGGAAUCUUCCGUUGCUGGGGCAGAGACACGUUUAUCGCCCUGCGAGGUCUCUUGCUGCUCACUGGUCGUCACCUGGAGGCCAGGAACAUUAUCCUGUCCUUUGCUGGCACUCUGAGACACGGCCUGAUCCCCAACCUGCUUGGCGAGGGGGUAGCGGCGCGAUUUAACUGCCGUGAUGCUGUGUGGUGGUGGCUGCAGUGUAUUCAGGAUUAUUGCAGCAUUGUGCCUGAUGGCGUUGCUAUUCUCCAGUGCCCUGUCUCCAGGAUGUACCCUACAGAUGAUGCAUUGGCUCAGGCACCGGGCACUGUGGAUCAGCCUCUGUGUGAUGUAAUUCAUGAAGCUCUCCAGCGCCACAUGAAGGGCAUUGAGUUCAGAGAGAGGAACGCUGGACCACAGAUCGAUCGUAACAUGAGAGAUGAAGGAUUCAACAUAGUGGCCAAGGUGAAUCCAGACACUGGUUUUGUGUACGGAGGAAAUCGCUUCAACUGCGGCACUUGGAUGGAUAAAAUGGGCGAAAGCGAACGAGCUCGCAAUAAAGGGAUUCCUGCUACACCCAGGGACGGUUCAGCUGUGGAGAUCGUGGGUUUGUGUAAGUCAGCCGUACGCUGGCUGGUGGAACUCCAUAAGUGGGGUCUGUUCCCUUACAGCACCAUGACCAUCGACAGAGAUGGUAAACCGCUCACUGUGUCCUAUGAAGAGUGGAACAGAAAAAUCCAGGACAGUUUUGAGAAAAUGUUCUACGUGUCUCACGACUUUAAAGACCCUAAUGAGAAACAUCCCGAGCUGGUCCAUAAGAGGGGGAUUUAUAAGGACAGCUGUGGAGCCUCGAGCCCGUGGUGCGACUACCAGCUCAGACCCAACUUCACCAUCGCCAUGGUGGUGGCCCCGGAGCUGUUCACAGUGGAGAGAGCCUGGGAGGCUCUGAGUAUCGCUGAAGAAAAGCUGCUCGGACCGCUAGGAAUGAAGACACUUGAUCCAGAUGACAUGGUUUACUGUGGUGUUUAUGACAACUCGCUCGACAACGAUAACUACAACCUAGCCAAAGGCUUCAACUACCACCAAGGACCUGAAUGGCUUUGGCCAGUUGGUUAUUUCCUCCGUGCCAAGUUAUAUUUCGCCAAGAAGCUCGGAAAGGAAACCUACGACAAGACAGUGUUUCUGGUGAAGAACGUUCUCUCUCGCCAUUACGUCCAUUUGGAGAGGUCCCCAUGGAGGGGUCUGCCAGAGCUGACGAACGAAAACGGUCAGUACUGCUCAUUCAGCUGCGAGACCCAGGCCUGGUCCAUUGCCACUGUUCUGGAGGUCCUUCAUGACCUUUAACCUUUCAGAGGCUGUUUAAAGGUUCAAGUCUUCCAGAAUAUUUUUAGCUUUCAGGAGCCAGUAGAAACGUUACACGACCGUGAAUGUGCACUGUGCGGUACGAACAUGAGCCUCACCGCGCUCUGACGGUAUUUCUCACAGUGUCUGAUCCUCAAUUCAACCUCCAUCAUGUAUUUCCAUAUAAAACAACAUCCCUCGAAAACUAGAGUCUCUUUAAUACAGAAUUAAAGUAACUCUCUCAGUAAUGAGAUUGAAUUGAAGCCUGUAGGUCCUGCUGCUGUGUCUGUAACUGUGUCACUGUGUGCUAGCAGCUAGCGUAUUGUGAUGUGUUUGUGUAGUCUGUACACUGCUGUUGUGUUUUUGUCUCAUAUGUGUAAAGAAAUUCGAGAAUUUAAGGCUUUUCAUGUUGUAGACUCGUGUUCUGGGUUAGGUUUACACCAUUGUGAGAAUAAUAAAAGUAAUAAAUCCCUGUCUAAGAGUG